AUGGAUGAUAUUUUGUGUGGAAGUUUCGCCGAAGGUGUACACAACGCGAGAGAUAUUGAUAUUAUGUUGUGCGAAGGUGAAGUAGAUUCUGAAAAUGAAUUAAUAUUAACUGAGUCACCAACAUUUGUCCGAAUUAAAUGGAAUAAUGUAAAAUUAAGUCAUCAUUCUUAUGGUUAUGAUCUAGAAGGUGUAAAAUGCAUCAAUGGUUUAAAAAUGAAACAAAAAUAUAAUUCUGAAAUGGUUCCACUUUUAUCGACAUCACUUCGGUGUUUAGGUAUCCCGCAUGAAACAGAAAGUCAGUGGUCAAAUAUUUUACGAAAUGCAUUGAUUAAACAAUCAACUGAUAUAGGAACACAUUUUAGUGAAAUGUUGCAAAGAACUUCAUCAUCAUCAUUUCAGAAUAGAAAUUUCAGAAUAUUAUAUGAUAUAAUUGAUAAACCAUUAGAACAAUUAAUGAAAAAGAACCAAAUAAAUACUGAAACAGCAACACAUAUUAAUUCAUAUCAAUUACCAUUGAUGUUCAUGGGUCUUAUCUAUGGUAUUUCAAUUCCAAAUGACUGUAGAUUAAAAGUCAGUGCAAUAAUUGAUUUCUAUUACAAAUAUAAACAUUUGAGUAAUUUAAAAAUUAGUCAAAAUUUAUUUAAACAAUUAAUAAAUGAAAUAAUUGGUUACAAAAGUAGUUUAGUAUUAUCGAUAAAGUUAAAUUUUUGGCCAAAUAAUGUUCAACCAUUUUUAGAACGUAUUCAAAUGAAACAACCACUUUUAUAUGAAAAAAUUAAACAUGUUUACAUGCAUGUUAUACCUAAAUGGUCAAAAAUAAACUGUAAAUCUCAAGAUUAUGAAUUUUGUUAUUCAUUUUCGGCUGUUGAAAGACAAUUAGCAACAGUAAGAACAUUAAAUGGAACAAAAUUAUACAUAAUAGCACGUAAUAUUUAUUAUAAACAUCUGUGUAAUAAAGUAAAAACUAUGAAAUCUUUUUUUGUUAAAACAAGCGUUCUAUGGAUGUGUGAAACAAUCGAAUUAGAUGAUGAGAAUGAAAUAUUAACAGUGCAAUGGCUAGAGUUUUUUUGUAACCUAUUACACAAGCGUUGUUGUCCACAUUAUUUUAUGCCUAUGAUAAAUAUUUUUGACAAUUGCUCAGAAGAAGAUAUGGAUAAUGCGUUAUUAAUUCUCCAAAACGAUAUUAAACCAUCAGAGGGUUGUUAUACAAUAAAUGCUGUUUAUCCUAUAAAAAAAAAUAUAAAUCAAAUUAAUAAUGAAUAUGUUGAAUUGUUCAAUGAUUGGUAUCGUCAUGUUCACAUUGAGGAUAUUGUUCGAGCUAUAAACGAUUGGACACAAUUAAAAUCGAUAUGGUUCUCAAUAAUUGAAAAUGAUUAUCAUUUUGAAGAACUUUUACUUUUAUUAAACAGUUUUGCAUUGUUGGAUGAUAACGGCAAAAAUAACCUCUUAGAAUGGAAGCAAAAAUUUUUAGAUAAUAAUAAUAAUACUGAUGAUCAGUUGACACGUGAAUGGGCUGAUAGUAAUAGAUUAACACCAACAACAUUUAUAUUUAGUAUUAUAGCAACAGCAUAUACAUCGAAAUGGAUCACAAAUAUUGUAACAAAUUCAGAAUUGUUGGAAAAUAUAAAUAAACUUGAUUUUACUGUGUUAUUAAGAGUUAUAAAUCUUUCGACAUAUUGCAGAACAUCAAAGCAUACAAGUGCUGUUGCACCACUGAACUACAUAAAACCAUUUGAAUACUGUGUCGAUAAUGAAGCCAAGUCAUGCUUACAACCAGAAGAUGAUCGGCAGUAUAAAGAAGAAAAUUUAUCAAUAUCAGAUGUUUCAUCAACAACAUUUUUUAAUUGUGACGAGAAAGAACAGCAAUCGAUAACUAACGACAACAAUCAGUUCAGUCUAACCUGUGGUGCGGUUUGUGAACAAGUGUAUUGGAAUAGAUCAGCUAUGCGAAUUAAAAUUAACGAAAACAAUGAUUUAUUAAUAUUUGCCAGCAAAAAAGUAAUUAUAGAUUGGAUUACCGACAGAUGUGGUAUUGAAUGGAUCGACGGUGAAAACCAACAAUGUCGAUCGGUUUAUAAUGAAAUGGAACAAAUUGUUAAAUAUUCUAAAUUUUCUACGUUUAAUACCGAAUAUUUUAAUGAACUAACAAGUCUAAAGAAGUCAGAAAAAAAAAUAUUUAUCGUUAUAUCUGAUAUGAAUAAUGUUAAGAGUAUUGUUGAUUUAAUACAUAAUUUAAGACAAGUCCAUUCAAUAUAUUUAUUCUGUUGGUGUUUUACGGACAUACAAAUAUUUCAAUCGUUAGCAAAAUUAUUUCCAAAAAUCGUAUGUAUAUUUAACAAAAAAGAUACAUUAUUACGUCAACUUAUAUCAGAUUUCGCUGUCCAACUUCUUGAAAUAGGUGAUGAAUAUAAACGAACUAAUAAAAUUAAUUUAUCAUCCAUAUUCUAUGAGUUUUCAACAUAUCUUUAUACUACUAUUGAUAAAUGUUUAAAUGAACGAAUGAAUACUACUAAUUGA